CGAGUAUGUUGAGGGUAUAUUGUGGACGCACAGGUGAGGUCUUUAUAAACAGUGAGAGGGCAUAGGAAAAACCAUAAGUGGUUGUUUCCCCCUGAGGCAGACAGACUCGUCUCCAGACUCUACAGAACACAGUUGUCUUCUCUCCACGGAUCAAGCCCUAUCAGACUGAGAGACAUGUCCUCCUCCUCUCUCCCGUGGUGUCUGCUGGUGGUGUGUGUUCUGACUGUGGUCCAGAUCUAUGCAGCAGAGGAACCUAUGGUCCUCAAGGUGUUCAACCUCCAUGCCACUGACCUGCACAGCAGCCUGCUAGGGACCCCUGAUGCCUACGUCGAGGUGUUCAGAGCGCACGGCUUUCUCGGGAGGACAGAGGUGAAGAACAACAACCAUAACCCCAGCUGGAAGGAGGAGUUCAGCUUCCUCAACGCCCGUGAGAACAACAUCUUGAGGUUGGAGGUGUACGACAGCGACAUCAACUCCAACGACCUGCUGGGGACCUGCGAGCGCUCCAUCAAGAUCGGAACUUGGCAACAUCAAUGUUUCCUCAAGAAGGGUGGGAUCCUGAACUACUCCUACACCCUAGAGCCUCUACAGUAGACCCUGAACUACUCCUACACCUUAGAGCCUCUACAGUAGACCCUGAACUACUCCUACACCCUAGAGCCCCUACAGUAAACCCUGUACUACUCCUACACCCUAGAGCCCCUACAGUAGACCCUGUACUACUCCUACACCCUGGAGUCCCUAGCCUAGAGUAGAGUCCCUCCAUCGACUACUGUAAGCCAACAAUACUCAGCUAGAGUAGCUAGACCUCCUCCUCCAUUGUCUGACCCCUCAUCUGUUACAUGUCUUUCUCAUUCUCCUGAACUGAAUACUAGGCUCCUCUCCUCUAGGUUUCUUCCUAGGUUCUGGCCUUUCUAGG